CUGCCGUAAGUCCUACUAACCUUUCAGCGCGCGUGUGACGCCAUCAAAGCGCGUCACGAAUGGCAGCUUGGAGACUCCUAACAGCAACGAGUGUGGAGUGAAUAGUGCAGGCAGGCGGUGUGGUGCGGAUGAGAAAAUAUUUAUUGUUACAGAUACGAAGGGAAACGACUAUUUACACCUAGUGUUGGUUGUUGCUGCCACACAAUAAAGUGUUCUCCCCUUCAGGUGUUGCUUAUGUACCAUCACCCUAAUCCUUGGAGAUGAGCACACAAGUGAGUCUGCUGAUUAACAUUCACUUGCUAUCUGUGCUGGAUAAUUGUCGUUAUUUGGUGUGUGUGUAAUAAUGUUUUCCUUAAUUCUUUUAUCCCUGCAGUAUAGCAUCCUCUUCAAGCAAGAGCAAGGUGAGUGAACCAAUAUAUGAAUAAACAAUUUUAUGUCUGAUACAUUUUAUGAAUAUUGCCGUGAGCGCAUAAUAAAUGCAGAAGAAUCUAAUGUUUUUUCAAUUUACCUAAAGGAACACUAUAGCGUUAGUAUAUACUGUAGUGCCCUAGUCGUUGUUUAGGUGCCCAUGCAAGAGCUGCCGUAUAUUUAAAUGGCAAUGCUGCGUGCCGAACUCAAUCGAUAGAAAGUCACAACCAAUUAAAACAUUGGCUUUUUUUUCAUAACCAGAGGGUGCCAGCCGCCCUGGUGGGAUUUCCGCCAACCCCAAGAUGGCUAGUGUGCAUGCACAGGAAACACCAUGGUGUGCCAAACAGUAUCUCUAAGAUUAUCUAAUUUUUGCCUACUUUUUGUCUGGUAAAUCACAGAAGGGCCAUUAGUAGCUGUCAGUAUGACAGUGUUCCUUUAACAAAAUAUAGCAUUUUAAAGGGACCCUCUAGGCACCAAAACAAUAUUGGAUUAAUAAAGCAGUUUUGGUGUAUAGAUCAUGUCCCUGCAGUCUCAGUGCCCAAUUUUCUUCCAUUUAGAAGGCAAAUCAAUGUGUUCAUGGGUGUAAUUGUUCAAAGGACACUAUAGUCACCAGAACAAUUACAAAUUAUUGCAUUUGUUCUGGUGAGUAGAAUCAUUCCCUUAAGGCUUUUUGCUGUAAAUACUGCUUAUUUCAGAGAAAAUGCAGUGUUUACAUUACAGCCUAGUGAUAACUCCACUGGCCACUUCUCAGAUGGCUGUUAGAGGUGCUUACUGGGAGAGUACUGCACAGUGAACAGCACUGCCAUUCAAUGUCUCCAUCCUUUGCAUGCAGACACUGAAACAGGUGGGCUAGAUGGUGGUUUUAACACUAUAGGGUCAGGAAUACAUGUUUGUGUUCCUUUCAAUUAACAGAGAAAACAAGAACUUCUAAAGUAAACACCUUGUGCUGUUGGAUCUGGCUAAGGCAGCAGAAAUAGAAACAAAAGGAAUUUAAAGGACAACUGUCACCUCAAACCUGUUUUUUGUUAAAUGCAGUAUAUGUAAUGAGAAAAACGUAUCCCUACCUUUUAAUAUAUGACCGGACCUUUCAGCCACAUACAUGCAUCAGUCACAAUCCGAUAUCAAGACACACUGCAACUAUUACUCACAAGUAGUGAUGUCCCGAACGGUUCGCCGUGGACAGUGAACAUAUGCGGUAAACUUUGACCAUGUACCUCACAGUCAGCAGACACAUUCCAGCCAAUCAGCGGCAGACCCUCCCUCCCAGACCCUCCCACCUCCUGGACAGCAUCCAUUUUACAUUCAUUGUGAAGCUGCAUUCUUAGUGAGCUGUCUAGGAGGUGGGAGGGUCUGGGAGGGAGGGUCUGCUGCUGAUUGGCUGGAAUGUGUCUGCUGACUUUGAGGUACAGGGUCAAAGUUUACCGCAUAUGUUCGCCGUCCGCGGCGAACCGUUUGGCACAUCACUACUCACAAGUCAUGUAUAUACUUGAGUCGCCUGUUGCUCCAGAUUUAGCUCAAUCUGCUAUCUCUUUUUAAAAUUUUGUUUGCACAGUACAACCAGAAGCACACUUUUAAAUAUCCUUUAUUUCAACCUUGUAGCCCAUGAAGAUGCCAUAUGGUCAGUAGGCUGGGGCAAGAAUGCAAACGAUGGCUCGGAGUUGGUGAUCAGUGGUUCUCUGGACGACCUAGUUAAAGUCUGGAAAUGGUGAGAUCAUUGUGGUGGAUUGUGUCUCGUCAUUUCAUUUCUUUUUGUUUUUCUGUAAAGCUUGCAGGUGGGUCUUGGUGGUAUUCUACCCAAAAAGAACAUGCUAUGUUGUAGGUCCCACUGUCAUAAACACAGCUGAGCCCUAACAGCACCGAGUAAGCAGCUUUUGAUUCAAAACCUGGCUGCAGAAAGAUAAACUACAAACAGGUAGUUUCAAACUGAAUUUCAUCUUUAAGGCCAAAGUAGCUGAACUGAAAAAUUUAGAGAAUUUUUGCAAUUCAACUAUUUUCACCUUAAAUUUAAAAUUAAUUUUAGUGAAUAACCCUUCAAAUGUUAGAUGUAACCCAGCAUAUUGUUAUUAAAGGAACACCCCAGUCAGCUUGCCUAAGUGCCUUAUGUGUCUGGAGUCUGUCAUUGUUACUACAUUUUAUAAAAGAGCCAAUUUUAAUAGAAGUCAUCAGUUUUAUAAUUGGGGCAGAAAUGCCUCCCUGGCUGUCACCCAGAAAGGAGGCGCCAAGGAGAUUUUUCUUUUCCGCAUAGCCAUCUUGUCAACGAUCUGUACUACAGCUCAUUGAGAAGCAGUGCAAAGACAUGAUCACAGGCUACAGACAGGUCUGUAGAUUUUGUAAGCUAUUUUUGUUUUCAUGUACCCCAAAAGAAAGCAUGCAGAAGAAAAUACAUGCAUGUUUUCUUUGGGAAAAUAUCUACUAGUAAACGGUUUAAAAAAAAAACAAAACACAAAAUGGUUUUAAUGGAGUGUUCCUUUAACUCCAAUAGAAAGCAGGCAAUUAGAAACUACCUAAAUUAAAGGGACACUAUAGGCACCCAGACCAUUGCUGCUCAUUGAAGUGGUCUGGGUGCAGUGUCCCAGGUCCCUUAAUCCUGCAUAGGUAAUUAUUGCAGUUUUUAAGAAACUGCAAUAAUUAGCUUGUUGGGUUAACCCCACCUCUAGUGUCUACCAGACAGCCACUAGAGGGACUUUCUGGCUGGUUGGCGAUUUUUGACCUAACUGACGCUAGACAUGCUCACGUUAUGCAUGAGGAUGUCCAGGAUCACUCGCAUCCCAAUAGGAAAGCAUUGUAUAAUGAUUUCCUAUGGGGGAAAUCCUAAUGGAUUGAUGUCGGCGGGGGAGGAGCAAAAGCUAUAGUGCCAGGCAAACAGCUGUUUUUCAAACAACUGUUUUCCUGACACUACAGUUUCCCUUUAAGUUUUAAAUCUGGAUGGGGCCAGGCAUAACACAAGGACCUGUUUCAUCUCAAAUUUUAAAAAUGUGAAACAGGUGUUAUGGGAACAUAUGUUGAAUGACAAUAGAGCAUAAAAGGUUGAUAUUGGAAAUAUUUUAUUAGAAAUGUCUAGAAAUCCUGUUCUUAAAAGAAAACUGCAUUACAAAAAAAUUACUAUUUAGUAGAUAUACCCCAAUAAACAUGUAUUUAUUUGUAAAAGCAAUUUUUUUUUUUUUAAAUAUUGCGCGUGCAUCUGAAAACAGCUUGCAAAAUAUGCAGAUCUCUUGUCCUCUCCCUUUGCAAGCUCUCCCUAUAUUCCCUGGCACAGACUUUGUCUUGAGAAGCCUUUUGAUUUUGAACCGAGAUCUUGGGAGACGAGGAUGCAAUGGUAAAAUGGGUCGUGUGAGCGCAAGGACACAUUGUGACUUUUGGGAGAAGGCCAUUUCCAUCGGCUCUAAUGGAAUCGGAAGUAGUAUCCCUGUGUGUCUGACAUCCAGAGUGGCAUUUCUGCAGUGAUUUAUAAAAUUGCCAGUUUAGAAUAGAACUAUGCCUCCAGCGUCGCAGAUGCGCCUUUAGUGGCUGUCCGGAAGACAGCCACUAGAGGCUGGCUUAACCCCAAUGUUUGCAUCUGACGGGUUAAAACCUGAGGGACCUGGCACCCAGACCACUUCAUUGAGCUGAAGUGGUCUGGGUGACUAUAGUGUCCCUUUAAGCAAGCUGAAGUGCUCUAUGUGUUUAGAGUGGUCAUUUUAAAGGGGGACUUCAUGAUGUAGUUCGCUCCCCGUUUAAUACAUUCUGGCGAAAUUACAUAAACUCCAAAAUAUACACUAGUUUUCAGAAACCAAGGACCAUCUUCUGUUUCUUUCUUUUUAGUAAACUCACUAUGCAUCAGUUCAUGCAUAUUACUGCAGUAGAGCAUAAUGGCUUUUACAUUGGAACAUGUUUAAUUGUAUAACAUGAUCUUGGGUUUUUAUAGUUUGUUUCCCAGUCUUGUGUAAUUCACUUCUCUGCUUGGCAGACUGGUACACUCUCUAUAGCAGCCUGUGUAUUAUUUUGAUUAUCACAUAUUCCAUCUUUAGGACGGACGAGCGCCUGGAUUUGCAGUGGUCUCUGGAAGGGCACCAGCUAGGAGUGGUAUCUGUGGAUGUCAGUGCAUCUGGUAAUAUUUUGGCUUCCAGCUCACUAGAUGCUCACAUUCGUCUCUGGGACCUUGAUAGCGGCAAGCAGAUCCGUUCUAUCGAUGCUGGACCAGGUAAACCAUUAACUGAAUAGAAUAAUUUACUUUCAUUUGGUUUUCCCCUUUCUCCUCUCUGUUCACAGUAGGAAUUUUAAAUGUAAGAUUCUUCAGAAUAUAUAUUUAAUUAUUUGAAUAUGCUUAUCUUAAAUCUAAAUGUGUGUGUGUGUGUGUGUGUGUGUGUGUGUAUAUAUAUAUAUAUAUAUAUAUAUAUAUUUAUAUAUAUAUAUUUAUUUAUUUUUUGGUUUGCACUUAAUCUCUUGUAGAUGGAAUGGGCAAACUAAUAUUUUUAAGUGGUCAAUAAUUUGAAAUUGUGUUGUCUAGUUUUGUAAUGCUGCAUACAGUUUUUGGCAUUUGUGUAGUACUCCAAGUCUAUUACAUUGAGAUACCUGUAAUAUAUUGGUGGUACAAUGUUCAUGGUGUAGCCAACAGGUAAGUGAAUUAAAAUCAAUGUGUUCUUUCUGUAGUGCAGCUGAUCCUUUUUCUAUGGCAUAUUUGCACUGCAUUCUUAUUUAUUCUAUUUUAUCUGUAGUGGAUGCGUGGUCUGUAGCCUUUUCACCUGACUCCCAACACUUGGCAACUGGGAGCCAUGUCGGGAAAGUAAACAUCUUUGGUGUGGAGACCGGGAAGAAGGAAUUUUCCCUGGACACUAGAGGCAAAUUUAUUCUCAGCAUUGCAUACGUAAGUCUUUAAAAUCAAAGGUUUUUAACUACUAAUAAACAAACAAGUGCUUUACACUGAAAUAUUCUGUAUUAGUUCACUGGACAGUGAAAUGUGGUGACUGACAAGGUAAUACAAUAUAUUUAGCUACGGAUCACUGAUCUGAGAGUGUGUGUUUUGGUAACAUUUUGAAAUGUCCUUGUCAAUUCAGCAUGAUUAGCGAAUAAACCUAGUGUUGUGUGUUCUCUUCGUGUUUAACUCUGUUUAUUUUAUAUCUUUCUGUUUCACAAAAGAGUCCAGACGGCAAAUAUUUGGCUAGUGGAGCCAUUGAUGGGAUCAUUAAUAUCUUUGAUAUUGCAACUGGUAAACUCCUCCACACGCUGGAAGGUAAGAAGGUCCUUGCUCCAGCAGAGAGAACAUUUUUAUUAACACUUUGAGUGGCAGAUGUGUUAUGCGGUGGAUAAGAUAUUUUCAGUAUUCCUUUUGAAAACAAUGGACUUUCAAUAUCCGUUUGUCCGCUUAUGUCAAACUGUUGUGACUAUCAUUACUUUAUACGGUGUGUGUAUGUAUAUCUGUGUUCAGCUGUAAAUUCUAUCUUGGUCUGUUUUCUCUAUGCAGAGUACUUUACACUGAUCUAGAGUAUAGUACAGUUAUUUUAUUCGCCAAACUUUUGAUACAUGAUAUUGUGUAGUUAGGAUUUUGUGGUUUGGGGGGGGGACUCUUUUUUUGUCUUUUAAGAAACCAUAUGUGUGAGUGCAUUAAAUGAGAGAAUUAUGGAUGAACAACCACAUGGCAAAAUUAAAAAAGACUAUGGUUCUAAAGAUACAGUAUAUGGUGUGAUUGCAGAUAGUAGUAGUAGAAAAGUGUAUUUAUUACAAACCCAGUUAUCUGUGUGUGGUUUGCAUCUGAUCCUUCAUUAAAAAAAAAAAAAGUAAUUUUAAGAUGCUUUAAAAGCUUUUGUACAGUAUUAAAAAUGACGUGAAGCCCACCAUAUCUCUUCAUGUUUUUUCCGUUUAUAUUUAUUCUAGGACAUGCCAUGCCUAUUAGGUCCUUGACCUUCUCUCCUGACUCACAGCUGCUAGUCACGGCCUCUGAUGAUGGAUAUAUCAAAAUCUAUGAUGUGUAAGUGUGUGUAUAUUUUUUUUUUUUUAUCUGAAAGCACUGCAUAUUUCCAACAGCUACCAUUUCUUCUAUGUUGGCUGAGAAUAUUAUUAAACCUCUAUGUGUUAAUUUAAAGGGACACACUAAGCCUGAAAACCACUACAGCUGAAGCAUGCUUAAGUGUUUUACACUUAAAAAAAAAAAAAAAUUACAAAUUUUUUGGCCACAUUCCAUAUUUUUACAUAUAUGGUUUGACUUCUAUGUAUAUGCUCUUAUCGUUUACACUUUGAAGCCUUACGGUUUCCUUAUAAUUGUCCACAGAACGUGCAGACCAGUUUAAUACUCCCCCAACUGUUCUUGCUCUAUAAAUUAUCUUGUUACAGUGUGACUAGGACUAGUAGUUUAGAUGACAUUGAUUAGGUUAAUCUAAACAUGUAUUUCUUUUGCCAGACAACAUGCCAGCCUAGCUGCCACUCUCAGUGGACACGGGUCCUGGGUACUAAAUGUUGCCUUCUCUCCUGAUGAUGCACAUUUUGUUUCCAGGUAAGACUCCAUAUGGAGUAUAACAUUUUGCAGUAUCCUGAGUAAGAAUAGAUAUACUUGUAUAAUUGCAUUAAAUAGCAGGUGCUCUAACAUCUAUAUUGUGAUUUUCUUAGUUCUUCUGACAAAAGUGUCAAAGUUUGGGAUGUUGCCACCAGGACAUGCGUUCAUACAUUUGUGGAUCACCAAGACCAGGUGAGUUGUGUAAAUCAUGAUGUAAUGCUUUAAUGGGGUUAGAAAUUCUAUUGGGAGAUUAGAAUAACUGAUUUUAACCAGCAUGGCUUGUACUGAGACAACCAGUUGCUAUUUUUUUCUUUUCACUUGUUGCUUUAUGCCAAUAUGGCAUGUCAAAAAGAAAUUAAUGUAUAUCUUUAUUUCAGCUAUGUUAUUUACUGUAUACACUUUUAGUUAUCACAUUAGAGUAAUGCAUAACUUAAAUCUAAAAUGACCAGUCCAUUUUAGAAAAAAAUAAAUUUGUAUCCUCUAGCAGAGUGGUAGUCAAACUUCCUUCAGCUUUCAGAUAUUGUGGUCUACAAUAAUACUGGUAAAGAAUCAGGGGAGAGGUAGUCCACAUCUGGAGUGCCGAAGGUUGUCUAAAUCUGUAUAAUGGGACACUACAAUGUACAUCCUGUAGCUGUACAAAGAUAAGGUCAAUAAAAUGUGAUUUCUUCUAUUAGUCUCCAAGCUAAUGCUUUGAUUGCCUUUUAGGUUUGGGGUGUGCAGUACAACAAAAAUGGAUCCAAAAUAGUCUCUGUUGGAGAUGAUCAAGAAAUUCAUGUCUAUGACUGUCCUAUAUAAUUGCCUUAAAUCUGAGUUGAAACCUGCAGAUGGGAACAUACUAUUGCUCCACCUUCUUUAACACAAUGACUGCAUGUUGAAUAUGCAAAGUCAACUCUUCAACAAGAUAUUUAAAUUAACAAUCUGGAUGUUCUCUUAUUAUGAGAGAUUUGCUUUAAAGAUGAAGGUGUAGUCACACUCUGAAGGAACUGAUUGACUCCUGUGAAUUCUUCUUUCACUGAAAUUGAGUAUUCCCAUUGUAACUAUAAAAGUUCCAGAAAUUUGAUUUUGUACAACUUUACCCCUGGGAUUAUUAAAUAUUUUACUUUUCUUGAGCUUUAUUGAAUGUUAUUUU